CGUCACCUCACAGCUAGACGGACAGUUAGAAGCUUUGGGCAGAGAGACAUUGUUGACGUUUUGUUUUGAUCGCUUUUGUCAGGAUUUUUUGGACGUCACGCUGACAUUAUCCGCUGAUUUAGAAGCCAGCCUUUUCCUCGCCACCAUCACGCCUCAGUGCGGGGACCCAGCAAAGAUGAAAUGGAUGUUUAAAGAGGACCAUUCCCUCGAGCACCGAUGUGUGGAGUCAGCCAAAAUACGCAACAAAUAUCCUGACAGAGUACCGGUGAUAGUGGAGAAGGUCUCCGGCUCUCAGAUAGUGGACAUUGAUAAGAGGAAGUACCUGGUGCCCUCUGACAUCACAGUGGCCCAGUUCAUGUGGAUCAUCAGGAAACGCAUCCAGCUGCCUUCGGAGAAAGCCAUCUUCCUCUUUGUCGACAAAACUGUCCCCCAAUCCAGUCUGACUAUGGGCCAACUCUAUGACAAGGAGAAGGAUGAGGACGGCUUCCUGUAUGUGGCCUACAGCGGAGAGAACACCUUUGGUUACAAGGCCUUUUAUACAACACGGGGUUAACGCCACACACACACACACACACACACGGUAGGGCCCAACAUACACUUGAGCACCAUCUUUCAAACCUUGGCCGUUUCAGGUGUUACA